CGUGACUUCAAACUUUGUCACAUCCUUAAUAUUAUUGUUAUUUUCUCAACCGAUAAGCUCACAUGAAAAUGUUACAUUAUUUUCCUCUCUUCUUCUCCCUAGCAACUCUAUCCCUGCUCCUUGUCUCGUCCACCGCUGCAAGACCAGCAGCCACCACUCCGGAGCCAACAGCACCGCCACCUCUUACACCAGCAGCUAAAGAGUUCUUAGAAUCACACAACAAAGCAAGAGCUGAAGUAGGUGUUGAGCCACUUCAAUGGAGCGAGAAGCUAGCAAAAGACACAAGCUUACUAGUCCGUUACCAAAGGAACAAAAUGGCUUGCGAUUUUGCAAACUUAACAGCUAGCAAGUACGGCGGUAACCAGCUUUGGGCUGGUUCCGCCGCGGCUGUUACACCAAGCAAAGCGGUGGAGGAGUGGGUGAAGGAGAAAGAGUUUUACAUUCAUGUGAAUAAUACUUGUGUGGUGAAUCAUGAAUGUGGUGUUUAUACACAGGUUGUGUGGAAGAAAUCAGCACAACUUGGGUGUUCACAAGCUACUUGUACUGGUAAGAAGGAAGCUAGUUUGACUAUUUGUUUCUAUGAUCCACCUGGUAAUGUUAUUGGAGAGAGUCCAUUUUGACUGAUGAUAAUGUAUGAUGAUAUGAAUAACAUGAUGUAUUUCAAGUAAUGUUACUUUUUUCUUCAAUUAAAUUAUGUAAGUUUAAUGUAACCUGUGCUACAGAGAUCAAUAUGCCUAUGUUUGGUUCUAUGUUUUCUUGAAUUAAAAUUGAUUUUUCGAAA